CUCAGAGCGGUUUGGUCGUUGGCGAGGUGAACGCCUUUUCUUUGCUCGGCUGCUGCGGCUCUUCAGUGGGCGGCAGGAGCGGCGCGGCGGUCGGAGGAGCGGCCUAAGAUCUCGGCGACAGGUGGAAGAGAAUGGCCCGAACCAAGCAGACCGCUCGUAAGUCCACUGGGGGCAAAGCCCCCCGCAAACAGCUGGCCACCAAGGCUGCCAGGAAAAGCGCCCCCUCUACCGGCGGGGUGAAGAAACCUCACCGCUACAGGCCCGGGACUGUGGCGCUUCGAGAGAUUCGUCGUUACCAGAAAUCGACCGAGCUUCUCAUCCGGAAGCUGCCUUUCCAGAGGCUGGUGAGGGAGAUCGCCCAGGAUUUCAAAACCGACCUGAGGUUUCAGAGCGCGGCCAUUGGGGCGCUGCAGGAGGCCAGUGAAGCGUACCUGGUGGGUUUGUUUGAAGAUACUAAUCUUUGUGCCAUCCACGCCAAGAGAGUCACCAUUAUGCCCAAAGAUAUCCAGUUGGCUCGCCGGAUACGGGGAGAGAGAGCUUAAGCGAAGGCAGUUUUUAUGGCGUUUUGUAGUAAAUUCUGUAAAAUACUUUGGUUUAAUUUGUGACUUUUUUUUUUGUAAGAAAUUGUUUAUAAUAUGUUGCAUUUGUACUUAAGUCAUUCCAUCUUUCACUCAGGAUGAAUGCGAAAAGUGACUGUUCACAGACCUCAGUGAUGUGAGCGCUGUUGCUCAGGAGUGACAAGUUGCUAAUAUGCAGAAGGGAUGGGUGAUAUUUCUUGCUUCUCAUGAUGCAUGUUUCUGUAUGUUAAUGACUUGUUGGGUAGCUAUUAAGGUACUAGAAUUGAUAAAUGUGUACAGGGUCCUUUUGCAAUAAAACUGGUUAUGACUUGAUCCAAGUGUUUAACAAUUGGGGCUGUUAAGUCUGACCAUACAUCACUGUGAUAGAAUGCGGGCUUUUUCAAGGGUGAAGAUUCAAGUCUUAACCACAGUGUAACUUACAGUUUCCUUAAAAAAAAAAAAAAAAAAAAAAAAAAAAAAAAAAGUAAACCUGGCAGCUAUAGAAUACACUAUGUGCAUUUAUAAUAGCUAUUUUAUAUAUUGUAGUGUCAACAUUUUUAAAUUAAAUGUUUUACAUUCACAAGUGGUGAGGAGUCUUGUCAUUAAGGUGUGUGUAAUUUAGAGUCCAGUUGGUUUUCUCCUAACUAGACUGCACUUGUUUUCAUAGUAGUAAAAUUGCUGUGUGCAUUAUACCUUGCAUAAGUCCUCAUUCUACCACAUGUUAACUAACCCUGUAGCUGAUAAUGCAAACACUAACUGGGGGAUUUUAUUUAUAAGGGCUCUAGAAUAAAAUACGAGUUAUUCACACCAGCAUCAUCUGUUACUAAUAUUCUGAACUAGUUAGUGCAGCUUUUCCUUGUGUUGUGGUUGGUCUCAUAAUUAGUUGUUUUUUUAUUCUAAGAGGAAAUAAUACCGAAGUUUUUUUCCUUGUAGAGUUUGUAUUAUAAUUACCCUUAGUGUAAACUUGCUGUGGGGGAAGAGCACAUAUCUCCAGCUUAUGGAAUCUCUGCCAGUUAAGGUGGUGUUGGAUUAGGUUAUAUCUGGUUACUGUCCUGGGAAAAUCACUUACAGAGAUGCCCUUCCAAGUGGCUUAAAAAUUUAUCUUUCUAUUGAAGUUUUUAGGUCAAUUAUGUAUGUUGGCUAAAUUUACAAAUAAACUUGUUUAUCCAA